GUGUCCCGGUCCGGGAGCCAUGGCCUUACUGUGCUACAACCGCGGCUGCGGGCAGCGCUUCGACCCGGACACCAACCGAGACGAUUCCUGCACAUAUCACCCGGGUGUUCCUGUCUUUCAUGAUGCUUUGAAGGGUUGGUCAUGCUGUAAAAGAAGAACAACUGAUUUUUCUGAUUUCUUAAGCAUUGUGGGGUGUACCAAAGGCAAACAUAGUAACGAGAAGCCCCCUGAGCCUGUUAAGCCCGAAGUGAAGAAUACCACCGAGAGGAAGGAGCUGUCUGAGUUGAAACCGAAAUUCCAGGAACACAUCAUUCAAGCCCCUAAGCCAGUAGAAGCCAUAAAGCGGCCAAGCCCAGAUGAACCAAUGGAAAACUUGCAGUUGAAAAUAUCUGCCUCUCUGAAACAAGCACUGGAUAAACUUAAGCUGACGCCUGGGGGUGAAGAAGAAAAAAAGGAGGAGGACAGUGAUGAAAUCAAGAUUGGGACGUCAUGUAAAAAUGGAGGCUGCUCAAAGACAUAUCAAGGUCCCCAGAGUCUAGAAGAAGUCUGCAUAUUUCAUUCUGGAGUGCCUAUUUUCCAUGAAGGGAUGAAGUACUGGAGCUGUUGCAGAAGAAAAACAUCUGAUUUCAAUACAUUUUUGGCCCAAGAAGGUUGUACGACGGGAAAGCAUAUGUGGAUUAAGAAGGAUGCUGGGAAAAAGGUUAUUCCUUGUAGACAUGACUGGCAUCAGACUGGAGGUGAAGUGACCAUUUCAGUAUAUGCUAAAAAUUCUCUUCCAGAACUUAGUCAUGUAGAAGCGAACAGUACACUGUUAAAUAUUCAUAUUGUAUUUGAAGGAGAAAAGGAAUUCCAUCACCAUGUGAAAUUGUGGGGUGUGAUUGAUGUAAAGAGAAGCUGUGUAAAUAUGACGGCCACAAAGAUUGAAAUCUCUAUGAAGAAAGCAGAACCCAUGCUAUGGGCAAGGCUAGAACUCCCUCCUCCCAAAACACAAGAAAAACAGAAAGAGGCUGGCUUAAAAGAUCAAGAGUAAAGAAAGAACGAACUACUAGCUAUCACUUACCCCUCUGGCAUCCUGUUGCUGCAGGGUGGAAUGGUGACUUGCUGCUGUAAUCCGGUUGAAGUAAUUUUUAUUGCUUCUAUCCAUUGCGGGGAAUAUUCUUACCUUAAUGCUGGACUUAGGCACUGUAACUAAAGGCAGGGAAGAGGAAAAGUCACAGAAAGCGUUUCCCAAUAUCACCUUUGAGUUAAAAUGGGAAAUACUAAGAGCUGUGUACCUCCUUUUUCUUCUUUGCUCCCUUCCCAACUUUUAUCUCAUAGUGACCUAGAAUGGAAGUUAUUGUAAGAUUCAUUUUGAUGUUUAGGUUCUUGCCUUUUUUUUUCUUUGAAGCUUCAGCUUUUGAAAACAUGUUUAAUUUGCUGUGUUUCCCACGAUUCAGACUAACUGGACCAUUGGAAUCGACGCUAGUGAUUGGGCACCAGGAAAAAUUUUACUCAUCCACAUUUCUAAGAGGAGAGCCUCAGUUUUGCCUUCCAGCACCCUAGCCAAAUGGGGAAUUAAGGACCUUUCAUCUGGAAGGAAAUAGUUUGUUCAUGUGAGCUCUUUCUUCAGGGUUUUUUUACAAGAACAUUUCCCCGAUUAAGAGGACUGGUGUAUCUUCCUAAAUGGAAUUUACCUGAGGGAAGAGGAUUCUUAAUUGUGUAAUGAAAACAGGCAUUACUGCAGAACUGGGUGUGCACUUCCCCAUAGAACUUACCAGCAACUCUAGCCCCCCAAAAAAACAGUUGUAUAAAGCAAACUGCCAGGUUCACCCACUAUUUUCAGGCUGAGAGAAGCAUUUUAGGAAACUGGGCAACUAAUCAAAUCCUAGAUGUGAGGGUUGGUUUGUCUGACUUCUCUCUAGUGCCGGUGAAAUGAGGACUACUUUGCGAGCUCUUGCGUUCUUACAGGAGGCAAAGCUAGGUAUUCCUCUCUUCCAGCUGCCACACAGCAGAUGGUUAAAUCUAAUUGAGGUAGCAUACCCAUUAAGGAGUAAUUAGAAUUUCACAAUGUUAGGCAAAGCUCUGAGAAAACCACAAGUCUUCUGAGCACUUACUGGGUGAGUUACAAUAAUGCCCCCCAAGUCAAGUUCUAGGAGAUGGUUUGUGUUCCCCCAACAAUCAGUGAAUGUAAGGGAGUGAAUAUUUCUUUGAAACUUGGGUCAACAAAGCUAUGCUAAAAUACAUUUUUACCUGCAUUCUCAUCUUUUCAGCCCCCUAUUUUCUAGAUUAAAAAACUCCUGCCUCACAGACUGCUUAUCAAAUUUGGGGCUGGGAGCUGCUUGCAUGCUUUUCCUCUCAAAUGGUCUCUUUCACAUGUGCUCGAUUUUCUCUGAGAUAGAUAUGCCUGUCUUUCGAGGGCGAACAGCCUUCUUUUAACAGAACAAAUGCUUUUACCCUACUAUGCUGGAUUUGUUAAACCAUGCCAUUUUGUUUACCUUUAGUGAUAUUCCAGAUUCUCAUCCAUUUCUGGUGAAGAGCUAGCUAGAACCUUUGGCUUCUGUUCACCUCCAGUGCUGAAAAGAAAUAUCUCAAGGAAUGUUACUUCAUUUAAGAUCCCACCUUUCUGUUUUCAAAAAAAAAACAAAAAACAGGUUGCUUGAAAGGGAGCAAGGAAGUUUUUAUAAUGGAGAAAUAGGGUUUUUUUUUGUUUUGUAGCAAAUGAUGUAAAUACUUGUAAAAAUGUAAACUCAGAUCAACAUACCCUAAAUGACCAUUGUAACUUGUUGAUCUAGUUAAUCCGUGUGUUACUAUUAUUAGAUCUGUUCACACUAGUUAGAAUGGCACAAGACUGUGCUCUGUGUACUGUAUUUAUUAUCUGUUCUUUCAGAGCAUUCUUUUUACCCUUGCUCUCAUUGGAAUGUUUAAUUAGAGCAACCCACACCCACUCAACAGAUUAAUUCUCUCCCAAAUACCUUGGGGAUGCUCACCUUUUGGAUCCAGGCUCCCUGGUUUUACUCUUUACUCAGUACAGAAAUAGCACUGAAGUGAUAUCCAUGUCUUCUGGUUUAAGGAUUGUUUUUCUUACAGCUCUCCCUUUCUGUUCUUUUGGAACCAAAUGACUCCUGCUUUUUUUUUUUAGUAAUAUUAAUAUUGUGACACUGGUUUGCUGAAACAUAAUGAAAUUUUACUUCUGAAUUGGUGGCCUGUCAGUGUUUUUCUUUUUGCAUGGGAAUUGUCUAAAUGUUACAGAUUUGUUUUGAGUUGAAUUUUCCCCCUAUAUUUCUGAAUAAAUUAUCAUUAUACCAGCAAACUGUUUACCAUCUGCUAAUCUGAACAAUUCGUUUUAGCCAUGGGCUAAAUACAUUAAAAUGUAGUAAACUCCCUUUGUUAUGCACUAUGAAAUGUUGGUGUCUUUGGAUUUUCACUUUUGGAAACCUUGGUGUGGGUAUAGCCACGGGAAGUACUCACUACCCACUACUGAUAAUUUUAUAACCUGACCCAUUAAAUAAAUGCAAUAACUUUU